CCAGCCAGUCCACUUGCACAAGCGCAGUUGAUUCGUAGGUGAAUGAUGGCCCACAAAAUGGAAGGUGUUGUUGGUUGCGAACACUACAAAAGGAAAUCGAAAUUUGUCACACCUUGCUGCAAUAAAGUAUAUACAUGCCGUUUCUGUCAUGAUGAAAAUGAGAGCCACUGCGUAAAUAGGAAGGAUGUGACUGAACUUGUGUGCACAAACUGUGACACCAGGCAGAAAGUUCAGGCAGAAUGUGAGAAUUGCUCUUUACGAUUUGGCAAGUAUACAUGCUUGGAGUGCAAACUGUUUGAUGACGAAGAAAAAAAUCAGUACCACUGCGAUGGUUGUGGGAUAUGCCGUAUUGGUGGACGAGAUAAAUUCUUCCAUUGUGAGACGUGUAAUAUGUGCCUUCCUAUCAAAUUAAAGAACAGGCAUCGGUGUGUGGAGAAUGUCUCUCGUUCAAAUUGUCCUGUGUGCCUCGAGGACAUUCACACGUCACGGAUUCCUUGCCAUAUUCCUGAAUGUGGCCAUCUUCUGCACAGAACAUGUUUUGAAGAACUGUUUCAGGCAGGUCACUAUGCAUGUCCCACCUGUCAAACAUCACUCAUUGAUAUGUCACAGCUGUGGAAAUAUUUGGAUAAUGAAAUUGAGAUGACACCAAUGCCUCCAGAGUACAGAGAUUUUAAAGCUGAAAUUCUAUGCAAGGAUUGUCAUGAAGAGUCUGUAGUAAAAUUCCAUGUGGUAGGCUUGAAAUGUAUUAAUUGUGGAUCAUACAAUACAUGCAGAAUAAAAGGUUCUCCCAAACCAGAUGUAUCCGCUCGUCAGGAUGGACAGAAUGCAGCUGGAAGCUCAAGUCAUUCUUCCAGUGGUGGCUCCCCUGGUGCAGGAAGUGAAGGUCCAUGUCCGUCCUCAAAGUAAACGGCUUUAUUUGUGCAAAAGUAACUUAGUUUUCUCUCUAUAUCUUUUAUUUUGUUCGUAAAAUUGUUAUGACUAGUUGUUCUGGAUAGCACUGUAGCAUUUGCUUUACAAAUUUAUAAUUUAGAAGGUGACUGGGUGCUAAGUAUAUUUGUAGUUAUGUAGACCAGUGUUUAUUAACAGCCGAGCCACGGCCCGGUAGCUGCCCCUCGUGUUAUAGAAAAAAGAAUUUACCGAGCCGUGGUCUGACACAGGUUGAGAACCACUGAUGUAGACAGAUCAGUUAAAAGAUCAUUGUUGAUAACAGUAUGGUUCUUGAACUCUUGGUAUCUCCCCAAUGUAUAUUCCUAAUAUAAGUUGCUAAAUAAUUUUGUAUAAUGAAUUAUUUACUUACUGAAUAUUAAUAGGGAAGUAGGAAUCUUUAAAACUGCCCUAUCUAAUAGUUUGACUUGAAAUACAUCUUCAGCUUCAUUUCAGAUCCUUUACAGUGACAAAAGAUUGUAAUAAUAUUGGGUUAUUGCACGCUCACUGAUUGAUGUGGAUAUGGUGUAAGGUUUUGAAACACUUGCAUCUCUUGGUGGACUUAUACACAAACUGUAUUUUUGGUGAUGAACUGUUUUAGUUUGUUGCCACAGAAAAGUCCUAAAUUUAUAUGUGGAUUGUCUGCAACAAAAAUUAAUGGUGGUAAGCAGACAAAUUUUAGGUAUAUAUGGCAGUCUUCAGGCUUGGUAUUUACAAAAUCUAUGCUAAGGUAUUGGAUGUAGUUGUUACUUGAUAAAGAUGAAUUUUAGUGUAUGAUUCAGAAUUCAUAAUUUAACUGUUUUAUAAUGGAAGUGCAUGAAGUUAGAGCUCCUGGGUUUGAAUGUCAUUUCUCCAAAAAUUCUGGAAUAAGUAUAACUGUAUAUUUUGGUUUAAUAUCUAAAUGUACAGUUCCGGCUGCUGCAAUCUCAGAGCUGCUGAAGUGUUGGAGUAGGAUGUUAUUAAUGGAUGACUUGGUGAUGGAUUUAUGUGUUAUAACUUUGAGUAGGUGGUACACAAAGUUCAGUCACAAAACCUGGGGGCCUAAAGAUGCUGAGAAUCUCUGGUGUAAUCCUUACACCAUGUUUUUUAUGACAUUACUGGUGUUUGUUUUCCAGUUACUUUGGAAACUCUAACCAUUUAAAGUUUAGUGUUCAUAUUCCUCCUAUAUAUGUUAGCAUGUCUUAUUACUUGGUGCUGAGAAUAAAGAUUAAUAAAGGAAAACAGUUUAAUGUGAUUAUUCAUUACAGUGCACGUAACAGAUCCUUUCAUUGACUAAUUGGAAGUAAUGUCUCUGCUGUGAAAUUAAAUGUUAACAAUGUAUUUCACAAUGUUUCUUCAACCAUGUAUUUGUAAGAUAUGUAUGUGGUGUAACUAUGUGUUGCCAUGGAAGUCUUGAAUAUGUAUGAAGCAACCAUUGUACAUUUUGAAGUAAAAUGGUGUAUACAGCA